AUGACAGAAUCAACACCAUUCAUAUCAGAAAAUGUUACUUCAGUUUCUGACUCGCUUAUGCCAUCUCUGGUAGUAUUUUCUGGUGGAACUGCAUGCAAUUUAAUGGUUAAUGUCCUACAAGACAUUACUACAGACAUAAGUUAUGUACUCGGUUUGAGUGAUAAUGGUGGCUCAACUAGCGAAAUAUUACGUGUUAUUGGUGGACCAGGGAUUGGGGAUAUUAGAAGUAGAUUAGUUAGACUAAUUAAAGUCAAGAAAGGAGAUCACGAAAAAGCAGCUGUAAAAAACUUAUUCAGUUAUCGGUUACCUGUUGAAGGAAAUGAUACAGACAUAAAGAAUGAAUGGUUGGAAGUGGUUGAAGGCACUCAUAAACUUUGGCAGGGUAUCUCUCCUGAAAAAAAAGGAGCUAUACGUGGAUUUUUAGUACACUUUCAAUUAGAAAUUCUAAGGCGAGCACACAAGAAAUUUGACUUUCGCAAUGGUAGUAUUGGCAAUUUCUUUCUUACUGGAGCACGAAUUUUUUGUGGAUCGUUAGAGAGUGCAAUUUUUAUAUUUGCAGCAAUAACGGGAAUUAGCGAGUCUUCGACGAAAGUGAUCCCAAUAAUUAAUACUAAUCAUACUGUGGCUAUUGCGGCAGAACUUGAUAAUGGAAACAUAAUAACUGGUCAAUGUGAAAUUUCGCAUCCAUCCCAAAAACCUCAAAAUUCACCUCCAGAUGUUGAUCAUUUAAAUUUACCUACUGAAACUUUUAAUUCUAUAAAUACAGUUUCGAAAAGCAAUCUUAUUUUCGAUAAAUCCAACGUAACCUCAUUGAAUCGUCGAAUUCACCGGAUAUAUUACAUUAAUGAAUAUGGGCAAGAAAUAUUCCCUUUUGUAAAUUCAAAAGUGUUUAAUAGUCUUUCAACGAAAUCAACGCUCAUAUAUUCCAUCGGCUCUUUAUAUACGUCCAUUAUGCCUUGCCUAAUCCUACGUGGAGUUGGCAAAGCAAUAGCCGAGUCUACCACAUUGAAAAACAAGAUUCUGAUUCUCAAUGGCUCAAAUGAUCGCGAAACUGAUCAAUUCACUGCUUUAGAUUUCAUAAAGGCUAUUGUGGAUGGGUGUAAUUCUUCAUUGAGAUUUGAUGGGUUCUGGCCCAAAGAAUAUCCUGUGAAGCAUUAUAUAACCCAUCUAAUUUACUUGGAUAAUUCACAGGUGAAAGUUGACGUAGCAGAAAUCGAAAAAUUAGGAAUAGAAUGUAUAAAGGCAAAAGGUGCAUUUCAGGAUGGGCAACCUGUAUUUACCGAAGAAACACUUGAUAAUAAUAAUAAAGCAUUUCAUACAAUUCAAUUUGAAAAUUCAAAAGAUUCACAAAGACCUUUUAAGUUUUUAGUUUUUGAAGGUUCGGUUUUUUCUGAAGGCAGUAUGCCAUCAUCGAAUUCAGUUGAUAGUUUUGGUGGUUAG